UUCAAAAAAGAUAUAAAUACACGAGAAUUCAAUAAUUAAACCCAGUAAAAUAUUAAUAACAGAAUCUGCGUUCUUCCCAUGUUGUAGUAGCAUUCAACUCAACCCUCCAAGUUCAAGGUAUAAGAAAUUCACAAGAAUCAAAUUGUUUAAAUCUUGAACCAAAACCGCAAUUGAUAUAGUUUUGGGAUUCAAUUGGUUGAAUUGUGUUGAUCUUCUUGGCUAUGGAUGAAAUGGUUUGUAGUACUAGUUGUAGUUCUGAGUGGAGUAGAGAGGAAGAUAUAGCAUUUGAAAAUGCAUUGGCAAUUUAUCCAGAAAAUGAUGUCAAUCGAUGGGAGAAAAUUGCAGCCGAUGUUCCAGGGAAAACUUUACAAGAGAUUAAAUAUCACUAUGAGGUUUUGGUUUAUGAUAUUAACCUCAUUGAAUCUGGUUUUGUCAUUCUGCCGUGUUAUAAGCUUUUUCCAGAGAGGUCCAAGAAUCCUGCUGCUGGCAAAAAAGAAUCUAAGGGUUCAAAAUAUGAUCAUGAACGACGCAAGGGUAUUCCUUGGACAGAAGAGGAACACAAGUUAUUUAUUGAAGGCUUACAUAAGUAUGGACAGGGCAACUGGCGAGGUAUAUCAAGGAACUAUGUGGUGACGAGAACACCUACACAAGUAGCAAGCCAUGCUCAGAAAUACUAUCUUCGUUUGAAGUCAAUGAAUGAGACGAAAAAAAGAAGGCGAUCCAGCAUACACGAUAUCACCCAUGUGCAAAACGGAGAAAUUUCAGCACCUCAAGGACCAACUAUCGGUCAAGCAAGCGAUUCUCCAGCCACUUCAACCCAAACUGCUGAAAUAUAUGCUGCUCCUGUGAUCGGACAACCAAUGGGAGGACCCAUUGUAUAUGCAAUUGGCACCCCAGUGAAUCCUAUAGAAGGACCUCCUGUAUCUGCAAUUGGCACCCCGGUGAAUCUUCCUGCUCCUGGACACAUGAGCAAUUUGCACCCCAUUGAAUAUUCCUGGACAGAUGACUUAUGCGUUUGGGCCGGUUCCGGGACAGUUAUUCCAGUUGAACCAAGGAACUUGGGUCCUAUGCCAUAUCCCAUGCAACAUCCAUAUACUCACUCAUGAAGUGCUGAUCAGAGGAAUAGGGUACAUAGAUACAGGCAUACAGCAGAUUAGAGGAAUACUGUACAUAUAUAUAGGCAUUAGCUUAUAAUUUUUGUAUAUUCCCUCAUAGUUUUUUUUAAGGGUAUAUAUUCAUACACUUUUAUGCCCAAUCAAUUAUAUUUCCAAUAAGGCAUUGGAUAUUUGAUAUCCUUGGCAUAGGACAACAUUACAUUAUAGAUUCUUGUAGACUGUCAUUCUAAAUGGCUCGUGACGUACAUAAAUUGUUUAUAUGGCUUUAAA